AUGGAUUUCCGCUCUACUCCUUGUACAUUUCUUGGUUAUAGCCCACUACACCAUGGUUACCGGUGCCUUGACACCUCUACGGAUCGAAUCUACAUUGCUCGCCAUGUUCGAUUUAAUGAGAAUGUUUUUCCGUUCAAACGCCCACCUCCUCCUAGUACCACUCCUGCCGCUACGUAUGUUUCGUCUCUCCCGAGUUUUAUACCCGAUCCUACUUCUACUACUACUAUUGAUGACUCACCUCCAGCCACACCUCCUGCAUCUCCUAUCACUACUCCCUUGGCAGCAUCGCCACCCCUCACCACCGAAACUACCCCGCCUGAGUCGUUUGAUACCUCUCCUGCUGCCACGCCACCUCCUGCUCCACGGACCCAAACAGAUGAAGUAGCAAUAUGGCCACGACAUUUCCUCAAGGAACAAACAACAUUCAUAGUUGCUGAUGAUCUUACAGUAACAGCCUCUCCAUCGAUUGCUACAAUUUCAAAAUUCAACACACGUGGGGUUCCUGUUGAUGAUAUAGAGGUUUUGGAAGCGAGCAUUGGUGAACAUGAGGCACUUUUACUUAUCAAGGCUCUUCUUACCUCAACAUCAGCUUUAACUGAUUGUCUUGACCCAUUUAGGAAGAAAGCAAAGGUAAAAUCAUUGACUUGA